GGCUCUCCGCACAGCUGUGCUCCGCUCUUUGUCGUCCCGCACUCCGCUUCCACUCUGUCCGGCAGACGGAUACAAAGAGAGGAGACGCGCAGGGCAGCGCGGGGACAUGAGAGCGGCGGGGGGACGACAGCAGCAGCAGCAGCCUCCCCGGCCGUCGGUCUAGUCCCGCACGCGGACACUUAACGUCUCCAGGCUGGACGCGGAGCUUCGCCCGAUGCGCGCACUGGAUAUUACCCACCGAAGAGAGUCGAGACCCGGGCAGAGGGCUGGACGUUGUCGCGCAGGACUGUCGGUUUCUAGGAGGGCAUAAUGGAUAAAACUUUGCACAUCCUCCAGAAAUCCACAGACGGUGUGCCGACUGGGAUCUCGCUGGAUAUGAGUUUAAAUGUGGAUGAAGGUGAAGAUUUCACGGAACAGCAGAUCGUGGGGAUCCCGGACAAAAUACCUCUGGUGAAACCUUAUUUCAAGAAGAAACAGAGGAAAUUAGAUGCCAAAUGCCUCCACCGCGCCCUGGAGGAUCCUAUCCUAACCACCUUGCUGAGUACGGACGCGCUGGUCUCUGGAGAUGGGGUGUUUGUGCCUCGCAGCCAGUCAGGUCGGACUCCGGGAAAUAUGUGUGCGGCAGCAGUGGCGAAGCAAAACUGUAUGGGCCAGGUGUGUCUCAAAGACUCGGGGGCUUCAGAAGGUGCCUCAUCCGGGGCUGGAGUACCGGGGUUGAUGCCCCGGGAUGUGGACGUGGAGAUAGCCGAUACUACUGCAGAGCUGGAGGAGACGGAACGACGAGGGGAGCGACCCAAGAUCGCCAAGUCUAACCCUGAUUGCUUUCAGCUGAAGCCUGGCAUCAGGUCAGCGGGGAGCACAGUGACAAUAGCGUCCCCCAGCAGGGACAUACCUCCCAUUGUUGCACCCCAGACUGCCCACCAAGAGCAGGGCAACAAAAACAAUGACCUCUUAACCUCUGGGGUUAAAAAUCUUCCAGCCAAAGACUGCACUGGAAUCCAGGACCCCCACCCUCUGCUCCUGCAGUCAGACAAAGCAGCACUAUUUCAGGAUAAAAGUGAAGAGGUCUCCCUGGACCUGGUUUUUGAGCUGCUCACCCAGCUCCAGUAUCACACGCACCAGUUGGACUCCAUAGACAUCUGUGUGGAUUUCCUUCAAGGACUCUGUGUUUACGGGAACGACUGUGCCCAUCACCACACCGUGCUGCCGUACCACUGGCAGAUCCGCAAGAGCAGCAGUCAGGCAUGGCAGAGCAUAGCAGACGAUUCCCAGGAACAGCUGGAGAGACUCUACUGCAACCCAGACAAUGAGCAGGUCACACUCAAGUUUCAGGGUCGCGUGUUCGCCCUGGACUUUGGGACGAUGCGAGUGUGUGACCUCGAGUUUGACUGCGUCCGACGACUGACCACUCCUCCCAGCCCCCUGCCCGUGCUGACGACAAACCCCAACCCCACCCCCAGCUGCCACACGGUGUGGAAAUACUACUGCAGAGACAACUUUGGCUGGAGGGAGUACUCCGAGCCGGUGGUCAAGCUCAUAGAGGAGGCGAGUUCGAGGGGUCUCAAGGAAGUGCGAUUCAUUACGCUCCAGAACCAGUAUAUCCUCAAUAUCCGGGAGGGCUUCCAGCAGAACGCCGUCUUUGGGUUCAGACGUCAGAUCAAGAAGAGGCCAAUGUUCAUGUCCUCCGUGAUGCUCACGCCUCAUCUACAGACUUUGGGGGGCCUCGCUUUAUCUCCUCUCCCCUGUCCGUCGUCGUCCUCCUCCUCCCCGUCUAUGGACGUGUCUCCGUCACUUCCCCUCUCGCCGACGCUCACCAACCCCCCCAGCCUUUUCCCCGAGACGUGGCUGCCGAUGGGGAUGAACCAGGACUUCCUGCGGGUGCCUGUGUCCCGUGAAGACCGCAGCUACAGGACGGUGUACAGCCUGUUCCACAAGACUGUGUCGGAGACCAAGUUCCGGAUCAUCAAGAUCCUGCGUGUGCAGAACCCGUUUCUUUGGGAGAAGUACAAGAGGAAGAAGGAGUACAUGUCGCGGCGGAUGUCGGAGAUGGACCGGCUGCUGAGCGAGCGCCACCUCUUCCACGGCACCUCGGCCGACGUGGUGGAGGGAAUCUGCAAGCACAACUUUGACCCGCGGGUCUGCGGCAAGCACGCCACCAUGUUCGGCCAGGGCUCCUACUUCGCCCGCAAGGCCGUCUACUCCCACAACUUCUCCAAGCGCUCGCCCAAAGGAGUCCACUGCAUGUUCCUCGCCAAAGUGCUGACUGGCAGGUUUACUGUAGGUAAUCCUUCCAUGCGGCGGCCUCCACCCAUCAAUCCUCGCGAUCCUUCCAGUGACCUUUACGACUCCUGCGUGGACAACUGGGUGGAUCCCCAGAUCUACGUCAUCUUCAACGACGACCAGAGCUACCCGUACUUUAUCAUUCACUAUGAGGAAGUACCCAGCACGGUCGCCGUCUGAGCCCAGAGCUCUGAAGUUGCUGUCUUUACUUGCAAACGCGUUGUUGUGCUCCGUUGAAGUGAUGGAUGGGUAAAGUUUGCAAAAAAAAAAAAAAAAAAAGUAAAAGAAAAAUCAGUAUAAAGAUGAAAAUAACUGAUUGAAGAGAUUGUCUGUAUCACUUUGUUAAGUAUAAACUUCACCCAUCCGGUGCUGGAAAACAGGCUAAAACUAGUCGAGGAAUGUUUGCAGUUGAUUCAGAUCUGGAUCCAGCCGGACUGGACUGCAUUAGGGAGCAACGGACCGGAUAGAACUGGACGAAACUGGACCAGCAGAGAGGACAACACCUGUCUCAUCUGGCGAUCAGAGAGUGGAUGACAACUGAAAACAGCUGGAACACACAAAGAUGGAUUCAUGGGAGUUUAAUACGAACAGGAGCUCAGUGACGUUAGCGCUGGACUAAAAGAGGAUUU